AUGUCCACCACAUCGGGGGCACCGAAGCGGCGACGCUCUGUGGCCACAGACACCGGGCUCAAGACGCAGCGAAGGUACUCUGACUUGCGUGAGCUACAUGUUGCGCUAGAGUUUCAGCGCCAUAUCCAUCGUGUCACCGUGUUGGCACAGGCGCCAGCCACGUGCUCGUCGAAUACGCCGCUCCAAUGUACGGUCAAGGCGCUAAACGACAAGGCGCUCUUGCAGUUUGCGCAUGCAGCGCUCCCUCCUGUGUGUGUGCAAGUGCCGUGGCCUGUUGUGCCUGGGUCCUACGCAGCGUCCUUCAGUGAUGGCUAUGUCUUUACGAUUCCGACGCAGCCUAUGGGACGUACGUGCCAACCGCCGCCUUCUUCGCCGUGGCACGAGUUCACCCAGAAGGAUAUUGAUGCUUUGCAGUGCGCUCGAUGUGCACAAACGCUCGUCCAGUUCACCCCGCGCGCGCAUCUACGUGCAUUGCCCUCCGAGCACUGGGAAGAGCUAGUGGAUGCAUGGAUGUGCCAUGGUGACCAGCGCUUGAAUGCGAGUGUGACGCAGGGUCGCCGUGAUGUCGAUGUGCACCGCGUGCCACGCGAUGAUGAACUGUGGGUCUCGAGUCUGUGGCUCAAGACGUCGAGCGCGUCCAUAACAUCGGGCGUCUGUAUCCGAGGCGAGGCGCAGGACAAUUUUUCCGAGACGCAUGCAUUUCCCGUACAAUGCACACAAUGUCAUGCUGUUCUCGGUGCGGCGGUCGAGCCCGUCAACGCCGGGGACCACGCCACAUCCGUCCAAUGGCUUCAAUGCAGUGUGAUGCCGGCGCAUGUGCCGACAGACUUGGGCUUCCUAGGUCUGGUAUUAAGCAACUAUCUUGUCGAGCAGACAGAGCGGCAGGCCGUGCACCGCUUUGUCGUUUGCGCCAUGCAGGCGUCAGAGCCCGCGCCACGCUUGGUGCUGUGGGUGUUCCAACCGCUCAUUACGCUCUCGAUACCCCCUUUGGAGCGGCCAUGCGACGCUUGCAAACUCCUGUACAAGCCUGGGGCGACGCAGCCUGACAUGGCACAGCACAUACCCCUUGUCCUGCCCGCCGAAGUAUGUGAUGCACUGCACGAUGCCUUGCAAGACAGCGCACAGAUAUACCCUGCCUCGCGCCGUGUCUUGGGCGACUGGCACGUGGGAUGGCUUCCUCGUAGAUGGAUAUGA